AUGAGGGUGGGAGUCUCCCAGGCAGCAGUAAGGGGGCAGGACAGCAACCCCAGGGAAACCCCGGUGGGGAGGCUCCAGGCAGUGGUGUGCAUCUGGGGAGAGAGUCCAGGGACAGAGCUGGGCCCCACGAGUCUUCCCCUUUCCCUUCCUCGCAGGCGGAUGUUUCCUCCAUUCAAGGUGCGAGUCAGCGGUCUGGACAAGAAGGCCAAGUACAUCCUGCUGAUGGACAUUGUGGCCGCCGAUGACUGCCGGUAUAAAUUCCAUAAUUCUCGCUGGAUGGUGGCCGGUAAGGCCGACCCGGAGAUGCCCAAACGCAUGUACAUCCACCCGGACAGCCCGGCCACCGGAGAGCAGUGGAUGGCCAAGCCUGUGGCCUUUCACAAGCUGAAGCUGACUAACAACAUCUCCGACAAACAUGGCUUUACCAUCCUGAACUCCAUGCACAAGUACCAACCCCGCUUCCACAUCGUGAGAGCCAACGACAUCCUGAAGCUGCCCUACAGCACCUUCCGCACCUACGUGUUCCCCGAGACCGACUUCAUCGCCGUCACUGCUUACCAGAACGACAAGAUCACGCAGCUGAAGAUCGACAACAACCCGUUUGCCAAGGGCUUCAGGGACACGGGGAACGGCAGGAGGGAGAAAAGGAAGCAGCUGACGCUGCCCUCUCUGCGCCUGUACGAGGAGCACUGCAAGCCCGAGCGCGACGGCGCCGAGUCGGACGCCUCGUCUUGCGACCCUCCCGCGGCACGGGAACCGCCACCGUCCCCGGGGGCAGCGCCGAGCCCCCUCCGCCUUCACCGCACCAGAGGUGAGCGUCAGGCGGUCGGACCGGAGGUGGGGGAGGGGGGAGGGUCUCCUCGGGGCGCGGGCCCUUUGCUCUCCGUCAGGUUAACGUCAGGUGCUGAGAUUGUAGCGGGCAAGGACUCCGUCCUGGGGCCUGGGAGGGCCUGGUGUGCGCUCUCUAGGCCACCUAGGCGCAGGGAUAGUAACACUGCCUCCAAGGCUGCGGGCGGCGGCAGCCGGGAGCCCAGCCCGCUGCCCGAGCUGGCGCUCCGGAAAGUGGGGGCCCCUCCCCGCGGGGCCCUGUCGCCCAGCGGCUCGGCCAAAGAGGCGGCCAGCGAACUGCAGAGCAUCCAGAGACUGGUGAGUGGGCUGGAGAGCCAGCGAGCCCUCUCCCCCGGCAGGGAGUCGCCCAAGUGAGGGGGCUGCCCAGCCGCGCCGCCGCCACGCUGGCCUCCGGGGCUGCCUGCGCCUGCUGCUUGGGACCUGUACAGCACAGAAUGGGUAUUUAUUUAAAUAAAGGAGCAAAAGCGGGCUGCAGCAGCCGGAAUAGAGUCCUGACCAGCCAGCGGGGGUGGGGUGGGGGGCCUGGGACACUGCCCUGAACCUCACACGGAACCCCGCUCCCGGGAUCACAGUCGCUUUGGGGCCACUGGACUCGGUCCAGAUUUGCUCGUGUCAAGGUGGCAUCGUCCAGGUCCUCCAGUGCUGUGGGGAGACCUCAUCUCCCGCCCAGCGGUCUCUUCAGGAGCCAGAAGGUGCAGGGGUUAGAGGUGGGAGCUUUGGAGGGGAGCCCCAGAGGCCCUGGCCUCCUGCCUGGACCGUAUGAGAAUCUGGGGUGAGGGGUGCUGGGGUCCAUGAAGACAAGUCAGUGUAGACUUGAGCCGGGAGGGACCUGUUCUUUCAGUCCCCCCAGCCCUGUCCCCAAGAGGCAGGCGCCCCUUCCACCCCUGGGUCAGCGGAGGGAGUGGCACUUCUGCCUUGAUUCCCAGGGAAGAAAAAAAAAAAAAGAUAUUUAUAAAAUAAAUGGUAAUUUGUGUAAAUAAGCUUUAAGAUUCCCAGAAUAUGCAAAUUGGUAUUAAUUUAUUCAAAGGUGUACAUUGCUGUGUACAUAAUAUUUAGAGAUUAACUCAUAGCAUUUAAUUUUUCUUCCAUUUCACCUGAGCAUCUAUAUUGUACAGGGCUGAGGGGGGCGUCCUCGGCUGCAGAAGGCC